AUGGGUGCAUCGAACGUGACGGCGUCCGCUGCCGAGGGGCCGGCGAACGCCUCGGCCGGCAGGAACGCGUCCGCCGGGGAGCUGUACCAGGCAAUCUCCGUGGUGCACUGGUUCAUUAUGAGCAUCGCCUCCCUGGGCUUCGUGGAGAAUGGGGUUCUCCUGUGGUUCCUCUGCUUCCGGGUGAGGAGGCACCCCUUCACCGUCUACAUCACCCACUUGUCCAUCGCGGACAUCUCGCUGCUCUUCUGCAUUUUCAUCCUGACGGUCGACUAUGCUUUAGAUUUCGAGCUCUCCCCCGGCUAUUACUACACAAUGGUCACCUUAUCGGUGACGUUUCUGUUUGGCUACAACACGGGCCUCUAUCUGCUGACGGCCAUCAGUGUGGAGAGGUGCCUGUCCGUCCUGUACCCCAUCUGGUACCGAUGCCAGCGCCCCAAGCACCAGUCGGGGUUCGUCUGUGCCCUUCUGUGGGCGCUCUCUUGCCUGGUGACUUCCAUGGAAUAUGUCAUGUGCAUUGACAGCGAGGGGCAGAGUCACUCUCCAAGUGGCUGCAGGGCGGUGAUCAUCUUCAUAGCCCUUCUGAGCUUCCUGGUCUUCACCCCGCUGAUGGUGGUGUCCAGCACCGUCCUGGUGGUCAAGAUCCGAAAGAACAGCUGGGCGCCCCAUACCUCGAAGCUGUACCUGGUCAUCGCGGUCACCAUCGUCAUCUUCCUCAUCUUCGCCAUGCCCAUGCGGCUCCUGUACCUGCUGUACUAUGAGUACUGGCCGACGUUCGGGAACCUCCACCACGUUUCCCUGCUCUUCUCCACCAUCAACAGCAGUGCCAACCCUGUCAUCUACUUCUUCGUGGGCAGCAGCCCGAAGAAGCGCUUCAAGGAGUCCUUGAAGGUGGUUCUGACCAGGGCUUUCAAAGAGGAAAUGCAGCCGAGGCGCCAGGAAGGCAACGGCCAUACCGCCACCAUCGAGACUGUUCUUUGA